UCUAUCCCAGCAGUUUUCACCAUCAUGGCCUGGGACUUGUUUCUCGUCACAAUCCUGGUCUCCAUCAUUGGUCCCAGUGUCCAGCAGUUACAGACUUUGAAGGACCCAGAAUUUGUGGCACCAGGUGGGACAGUCACCAUGUCUUGCAGGUUUGACAGCGGAAACAUCGGUGAUGGCAACUACCCUUGGUGGGCACAGAAAAAACCUGGGAGUAAACCCCAACUGAUAAUGCACACCACCAGCACCCGACUGUCUGACGUUCCAGCCCGUUUCUCUGGUUCUCGAUCGGGGAAUAUGAUGUCCCUGACCAUCACGGGGGCCCUUGUGGAAGAUGAAGCUGCUUAUUACUGUUGUGUGUGGACUGGGAGUCAGUGGAUCUUCGGAGGAGGGACCCAGCUGACUGUCACAGGUCAGCCAACAGUACCUCCAACAGUGAACGUCUUCCCACCAUCCCAAGCAGAACUGAGGAGCUCAGACAAAGCCACCUUGGUGUGUCUCAUAGAUGGCUUUUACCCGGGUUCCGCCCAAGUUACCUGGCUGGCUGACGGCACCACCAUCUCCUCUGGAGUGGAGACAACCAAGCCCACCAAGCUGAAUGACAAGUACGCAGCCAGCAGCUACCUCAGCAUGGGAAAGUCUGACUGGGAGAGGUAUGACUUAUUCACCUGCAAAGUGGCGCAUGAAGGGAAGACCUUUGAGAAGCAAGUGAGGAGAUCGGAGUGUGCCUAAAGGCUGGAUGGGUCUGCUGAGUUACUCAUGCCUCCAGCAGCUGAGAAGAAAGAGUCCUUUCAUAUUCAUAGUCUCUGAUUUCUUCUAAUGCUACGUUGAUCCAUCCAGUCUGGUGUCCCUCCUGUGUCGUUCCCCUUCCCACAUCUCCUCCCUUCCUCUUCUCCCUGGAAUCUCCUUUGUAUGUUGGCUUAUAAUGUUAGCAAAUUAAUAAAAUGUCAUACAUUUCA